GAUACAUCAAUAUUGUGUCUGUGUCGUACUUGAUUUAAACAUACUAUAAUACACGUACUUAUGAAAACGUAUCUCCGUAAGCUCGUUGGGUAUAAUAAAAAGAAGAAAUAACUGUACAAAAGUGCGAUUCACGGAAUGUCUGACAAUUGCCGUGUGUCUGAGGCCCUUUACGCGGGCAUGUGUGAUUAUAUAGGGACACCGACAGAAGUGACCAUCAGGAGGGAGGUGGGGGACAUGGCGGAGAAGAUACAGAAACCUGCAAAGAUACAUCGAGGUUAUAGAGACAUGGCGAGUGGUAGUGAUAGGGAAGGUUUUAGGUUUAAAUCUUCUGACGUAGACACAAUGGGCUGGUAUACUAAUCAUAAAGUGAUUACUGACUUAGCACAGUCCAUUGCUAAUGAUUUAUCAAAAUAUUCCAUUAUUCUCAUGGAGGACAUUGAUACACCACCGGGGUUUGUCAGACUACAGCUUCUGACGCCACCACAAAGUGAAAUCAUUGAAUCAUUAGUUGUUCCAUUCAGUGACGGGAUGUACAUAUCAAAUGUAAAGUGGAGACAAAUGCCAUUCACUUUCUUUGUAGAAGAGGGUUUCUACAAAAAUAUAAAACAGCAUGGCCCAUGUACAAAUUUUUUCUCUGAGGAUGUUGAUAGUGAUUUUGCUCUUUGUUUCCAUUGUUCCUAUUGGUCUAGGCUAACCUUUCAUUGGAGAAAAAGAUAUACUCUGCAUAACUGGCCUCCAAACCACGUGUUUGAUGAUAUUCUAGGGAAUGGUUGUCAUAUUGUGCCCAUCGGAAGUAAAAUAGCAGGCAAUGAAAAUGAACUGGAGUGGAGAUUGUCCUUUUCUCAGGCAGAACAAAAACUUGUUUAUUCUAUGAAUCAUACACAGUUCUUGUGUUAUGGGCUUUUAAAAAUAUUUCUAAAGGAAGUCGUCAAUCGCGACAUAGAGGAACAAUUCCUUUGUUCGUAUUUCGUGAAGACAACGAUGUUUUGGAUGAUACAAAUAGGAAAUAUUACAUGGUGUCCACAUAACUUACUGGAUUGUUUCUGGAAAUGUUUCAAAUUUCUUUUACAUUGUGUCUAUCAAGGUGUGAUGCCAAACUUUUUUAUUCCACGGAACAACAUGUUUGUCAGCAAAUUGUCUACAGUCAAAGGUGUGCGCACACGAGAGUGUUUGUUCACGCAACUGAACGGGUAUUACGAAAUGGGCGUGGCACAUUGUUUGCUACAUGAGCCGACAGUCAGAAAAAUGAUUGAACCAGUCAUAUGUAACAUCCUUGUCAGAAUAGAUCCACUUAAGGGGCAUAUUAAGAGUGCUGCUGAUAUUGACAUUUGUUUAAGAAAUGAAAUCUAUGCGAUAAGUGUGUUAGAAAAGGACGUACAGGAUAACUACUUUACUCUGAGGUUUAUCAUAAGUUUGUCAAUUCAAUCAUUAACACAAUAUGAGACGUUAACAUUACAGAAAUGUAUCGCUGAUGAAUUAGUUACAGCAGCAUUCUUGCAUCUCAAUACUUCAACAGAUACUCAUAGUACAAAUAAGGCAGUCUACAGAUCAGACAGACUGGUUGGUAACUUGUUGAAGCUGGCAGGUAGAGUGGGUGAUGUGUCUUGUAGGUUGUAUCUUGCUAUGUAUUACUACAGAACAUGUAGAUAUAGAGAGGCGCUUCAUGUUACAGCUCGGGUUAAAUCAAAACUCACACAGCCCUAUAUCAUGUAUUACAGAGUAGACCGAGUAAGGUACAAUGAAUCAGUGGCUGGGUGGUCUCUGUCUAAACGGAUGAAGAAAGCUUGGGUAUACAACUUACGUCUUUAUAGUAAUGUUUAUUAUGUACAGGAAUUUGAUUUAGAACAGAAAAUAAGCACAGAUAACGGUGAACUAGCCUUGGAUAUUUCACCCUAUGUAUUGACAGACAUGUUAAGUGUGUUAUGUAACUACAGACUAGGUAACCGGUCCCAGUGUCUACAGUCACUGACAGACCUACAGACACUGCUGCUCUAUGAUGACGGGAGAUACGUACCUUUGAACCUUAGAGACCUUUCGUGUCAGAUACUGGGGAUCUGUCAGCACGUUGUGGGGGACCUACACGGGGCGUUACACUCUUAUCAACAGUCACUGAGACAAAAACAAAACCACAAAAUACAGAAUACCAUAAGAUACAGAAGUGCACUGGUUUUGAAUCAGUUAAAUAAGUGAAACAGCGAUACAAAUUAUUGAGUUGCAUUCAUUAUGGAAUUGCAUAAUAAUACAUGUACUGUUAAUUGAAAAUAUUUUUGAUUCAUCAAAUUAAUUGUUAGUUGUUACCAAUUUUCUGAGAAAAGGUAUCGAUUUAACAGAAAUACGAGUUGGUACGACUUGACUGUAAAUGACUGAAAAUGUAAAAGAGUAACGGAAAUGACAAUUUGCUUUUUGUUUUUACAUGUUUUAACCAACCCCCUCUAUUCCCCAAGUAUUAAGACCACUGGGACUACACUCAUUUUUCAUUAAAGAAUCCUUUUAUGUCAUAUUUGUAAACUAAUGUGAACAUUCAAUGUACAGUUAAGCAUUGAAUCCGUAUUCUUUGAAAGAUAUGGUCUCAUAACUGAAACGGUGUGUGCAUCCAAAUUGAACAACGCGCGCUAGCGCGUUAUGAAAAGUAGUUUGAAUAUUUAUUCUAAUAAGUAUACACUGAAUUCAUUUUGUAUCAUGUUUGUAUUUAUUGUAACGUUCAUUACAAUUACAUUAUUUUGUGAUAAAAUACUUGUAAACUG